GUUGGCCUUUUCCAUAUGUUUUUAUUUGAAUAACAAUUUUUUUUGAAGAAUGCCUUGAAAAUGAAUAAUGAAGAUCUUGGCUGCCUAUUAGACUGUGUCAUUAUUUCAAUUAAAGAUUUGGAGCACAAUCCAACUUCAUUAUUUUCACUUCAAGGUUCUUAUGUAACAUAUUUAGUUAAAGUCAGAGUUUUGAUCAAAGAAAAGGCUGAUCAAAUUGGAUUUAAAGAAAGUACAACUGUAUGGCGAAGAUAUAGUGAUUUUGAAAUAUUGAGGGAAUAUCUUAUUUCAUCAUAUCCAUUUUUAUUAAUUCCACCUUUACCUGAUAAAAGGGUUAAUUCUACAUUGAAUGGCAUGGUGACCUAUGCGUGGCAUAAAUUGCUCUUGGAAGUCAAUGAGGACGAAGAAUUUUUGGAGAGGAGGCGUAAAAGAUUAGAAAAAUUUUUGCAUCGUUUAGCUAGCCAUCCUAUAUUAUGUCGGGACGUUGCCUUUAUUUCCUUUUUGCAGGAAGAUCCUUUUUAUAUUUCUGACAAGUCAGCCAUCGCGUCUAUCCCUUCUAGGAUGGCUAAUGGACUGUCCUUCGAAGAACCUGCCGAACGACGAGAAGUUAUUUGGGCCGAAGUGAGGACUUAUGCUGAAGCUCUUAACACCUGCUUGGGGUCCUUUCUUGCCAUUAGAAAAGAUUUGCGGGAGAAGGUGUACUUGAUUCACAAGAUCCACGGUAACUAUGGUCGUGUAUUUUUCGACUGGGCCAAGGGAGAGAAGGGCUGGGGAAAUGCCAUGGUUAAUGGCGGAAAGUUGAUGACCGAGUACGCUCUUAUCGUAGAUAAUUUCGUUAGUGCCGAAGAGGAAUGGGAAGAUAAUCUUAGGGAAUACGCCUCCUACUCAGAAACGCUCAGGAAUCUCUCUAAAAAUUACAAAUCAAUCGCCGACCAAGUUAAAAAAGGUCCCAUUCAUUCUAGGCAAAAUCAAAAAGACUUGGUUGGCCAUCAUAGUAAUGGCCGCGAAAUUGGGAAUGCCGUUCUUGCUGAUAACGGGCCAAUCAAAAUGCUGCGUAUCGAGGAUCGCGAAAAUUUUGCUUCGAACGAUAGUGAGAAAAAUGAUUCUCGGGGAAAAGAAAAUGCCGACAUUGCUAAAACGGUCGCUGCUACCGAACAGGUUUCUGGCAUGACUGAUGUCAAGAUUUCUGAAAUAGUCUCUACGGAACAAGUGUCCGAUAAGGAUAAUGUUGGCAUUGCUCAAACAGUUGCUAUCGGACAAUUUCCCUUCAAAGACUCCGUUAGUGGGGAUGUGCUCUUUAGCGCUGAUGAGAAGGCGACAAGUCCUGAUGGCUUGCACACCUCUGACGCAACCUUCGAUAGUAACGGCAGUGCCUUGUAUGCAAAUCGGAUCGAUUCAGCGGAGCACGCGAAAGCUGAACACGAUAUCAAGAAUUUUCAUCAUCGAGCCAUGAUCGAGAUUCAACAGUUUAAAGAUCGCAAGGAGAGAGAUAUGAAAACCUGUUUCCGUGAAUACGCCCAAAACCAAUUGAUUUUGAACAAAAAGUCCUUGGAUAUAUGGGUAAAGCUCAAAGAAAAUUUUAGUCGCGAAGAAUAAUGGAGUCAGCAUGAAUCGCCUGGAUUCCAAUGGGAUCGGUGGCAACACAUCUUUUGAUUCACCCACUUCGAUUUAAUUUAUAUAUUUAUUUAGAUAAUAUUUAUUUAUUGUGCUCUGUUUAUAUAACAUAUUUUUUAUAAUAAAUAUUUC